GGAAGAAGCUGGACAGGAGCCGAGGGCGGAAGUGGCGCUGUCUGAGAUUUGGAGUCGGGGGUAGAGGGGAGAGCCAGAAGCAGGCUGCAGCGGCGGCCGUGCAGACGGGAGCGGUUUGAAACCUGUUUUCCUCCCCAAUAGCCCUACCCCUCAUCCUUGCUGUCGGCGCCAGUUCCCUUGUGAAGGGCCAUGGCGGGCCGUGGCGGAGCUGCACGGCCAAAUGGGCCAGCUACUGGAAACAAGAUCUGUCAGUUCAAGCUGGUUCUCCUGGGAGAGUCAGCCGUUGGGAAGUCCAGCCUUGUCUUACGCUUUGUCAAAGGGCAAUUCCAUGAAUACCAGGAGAGCACAAUUGGAGCUGCUUUCCUCACACAGACCAUUUGCCUAGAUGACACAACAGUCAAGUUUGAGAUCUGGGAUACAGCUGGGCAGGAGCGCUACCACAGCCUUGCACCCAUGUAUUACCGAGGGGCACAAGCGGCCAUUGUUGUCUAUGACAUCACAAAUAUGGACACCUUUGUGCGAGCCAAGAACUGGGUGAAAGAAUUGCAGCGGCAAGCCAGCUCCAGCAUAGUCAUCGCCCUGGCAGGGAACAAGGCUGAUCUGGCCAGCAAGCGAGCUGUGGAUUUCCAGGAAGCAGCAGCAUAUGCAGAUGACAACAGCUUGCUGUUCAUGGAGACGUCUGCAAAGACUGCAAUGAAUGUGAAUGAAACCUUCAUGGCAAUAGCCAAGAAGCUCCCAAAAAAUGAACCGCAGGCUGCAGCUGGUACAGCGGGCAGGAAUCGGGGUGUCGACCUGCAGGAGAGCAGCCAACCCAGCAGGGGGCAGUGUUGUAGCAACUAAGGGAUCUCUGCCUGCUCUUCUUGGAUUGCCCCGACUGGAAUGCACCUGAACCGGAUCGUGCUUACAGAAGAACAGCUGCCAGGAUCCCUCUCUUUUUUCUCCCUUGACCCACCCGUCUUUUCUGCUGCUGUGAUAUUUUCUCCUUUAUUCUUCUCUGUCCAUAGGAUGGGGGAAGCACUUGACCCUCUUCUGUACAAAGAAUAAAAUUCGUAUUUUUUAAAAAGUCUGACAGCGCAGUCUAAUGCAAGAUUACUGCAGUCUAAGCCCAUUGAUUUCACUGGCCUUAGACGGAGUAAUCGUGCAUAGAAUUAUUUCACUGUUGGUUGCCUUUUUAAAAAUCAAAGGAAAAAAGAGCAUUGCUCCUUAUGGGUAGAUGUAUAUUUUCCAGAGCUUUCAUUCCUCUUUCCUUUUUCUCUUUCUGAACUAGGUUUUAGUCUUGAUAUCUACUCACAGCUGCUUGGAAGUGGGAAAAGGUGAUCUUUCACUUAGACAGGAGGUGACUCUCGGGGCAUGUCUGUGUGCUGGAUCUAAGCCACUUUAAUUAUCAGGGCUUGCCAUAAAAGAGCCUUAGAUGGGAGGUUGGUUUAACUAUGGCACAGAUAUGUCCUUGGAAAGGCAAGGCAUGGAACUGGCAGAUAACCACUAAAUGAAAUUUGUGAGGUUUAAUGGUGAGAGUGAGACAGACACCUCUGGCCUUUAAGACUUGUUUUGACCAAAUCACAAUUAUGAGUAUAGGGGUGGGGAGGAAGCUGAUUUAUUCUGUAUUUUGUAUUCAGUUUUUUCAAUGUGUAACCAAUCAGUAUCUCUCUUUAAUUACAUAUACCAACUAGCCUUGCAUCCGCCUGAGUUUGCACUGGGCUUUGGGGACACACCAACUUUGCAUUAAUUUUUUUCUCCUUCCAUUUUGGAUGUAAUGCACUAAUUCAAGCUGUUGGAGAAAAUUGUAUAAAAUCACUUUUUAAAAAAAUAAUCAGCAAUGUGAUGCCAUUGUUAAUAACCCUAUAAUAUAAUGUGUGAUGGGUGUGUAGAUGCUAUUGAUGGGGAGGGAUGAAUUAUUCUUGUGUACACACAAGCUUUUGUGGGUGAGGUUUGUGUUUAUGUAUUCCCAUACAUAGAAGGAAGAUUGUUAAUUCCACUAAAUAGAAUUGCAGAAGGGAGGCCACAAAAUCUUGCUUCUGAACUAGUGCCCAAGGCAGUUUUGUCUUAUCCAUAUUGGUAUUUAAGAGAAAAGAAAUCUACUUAAGUCUUUUCAAUGCAAAGUUCCAGUUGUGUAUGAUUAAAAAAUACAAUAAAAUUUUUAUAAAUCA